UCAGUUUCCCGGGUGGCGCUGCGGCACCACCGGUUCUUAAAAUCUCAUUCUCCGCCUACCAGAGUUUGAACUCUUGAGCGGCACUUGUCACUUGACUCAGUGGUGAUAGCGCCCUAGAUUUGUGGAGGUCUCAAGCAAAAUUCGGUUCAUUCUACCCUCCCGAUAUUAUUCUGUUUUCUUCCCCCCAACCCCCACUUUUCAAAGUACUCUGUUCCGUAGUUCUAGAUUCACAGUAUUGCUAUCGUACUGUAUCUGUAGCCCUAGUAUAUUCCCACUUUCCUCAUUUCCAUGUAACUCUGUGGCUUAUCCUGGGUAUCUGGGUGUGGGAGAGCAAGAACAGGAAAAGUUAGGGACGCAAUUUCAAGUGCUCCAGGAUGAGCAGGAGCCCUAGCUGGUCUGAUCAGCUUCACGCGGUUCUCAGUUCAACUGAUGAAAAUAUGGCCCGGAUUAAGCAGAGUUUGUAUCCCUUUCGAGUUUCCUCUACAGGUAAGUAUUGUCCUUUCUCCCAGCCCUUUGUCUUCUCAGAGCCUCCUUUCUUUCAGUGCCUGCUCACAGUUCUGUACAAAUCCCAGCUACUUCCCUUCCUCUGAUUUCCUACACAGACCCUGCUCUUGUCCCUUCCCUAUUCCCACAAUAGGGGACCUGGCUGACACCUGGAUUUCUCCUCAUCACUUACCCCCUCAGCCAGAGUCUCAAGCUCAACAGCCUUGGGCUCUAAAGACUCCCAUUCUUGGAGAGAGACUGAGCUGUACUGAAGCCCACAGCUUCUCUCUCUGGGAUGAAGUUACUAAACUCCGAUCCCAGCUUCAGGCUCAGGCUCAGGUGACUGAGGCGCUGAAGCAUUCUGUACAGAGCCUGUUGAAGGAUCGGGAGCAGCAGAUGUCUAAGAUCAGUGCUCUAGAAGCAUCGCUAAAACUGCUGCAGGAAGGCCCAAAAGAGAGAGCCCUUCUGAAGCAGCGCCUGGAAGGGCUGAGAAAAGAACUGCAGGGCCUGCGGAGUCAGGUUCAAGAGCUAGUCCAAACCCAAAUGAAAACAAGACCAGGAAAGUUCAGUCCUACCAGUGGCUUUCAUCAAGAGCUGCAGAGUGAGCACCAACUUUUGUGGGAAGAGUCAGAGAUUCUUCGGGAGGAACUGAAGUUGCUUCGAGACCAGCUGAAUCAACAUCAAGAGUUGUUGCUGGAACAAAUAGCUGAGGGGCGCCAGGUUCAGGCCCGCAGCUGGAAGACGUUGGAGAACCUGCAGAGUGACCGGAUGGACAGGGUUCAUACCUUGGAGGGUUCCGGGACAGAGACCCAUGAUGCCCAGAAGGAAGAGCCCUGCCUCCUCAGGAACUCUGUUCCCGCCCAGCAAUCAAAGCUGCCUCUGGCACCCGUUUCCACCAUGUCUCUUUCUUCAUCCAGCUCUGACGUCAGUCUCCCAGACUGUGCCCGGAGCUGGGAACUUUUAAAGAAAUUGGAUAGGGAACUCCAGAACAACUCCCUUCCUAACCUGGAACCCAGCAGCUCUCAGUUCCAUGCCCGGAGUCUUGGGCAAGAGGACCUGUUCCUUCAGGGUCCCAAGAUCUUCCAGAGUGACCUGUAAGAACUUGUGAGAAGAAUGAGGUACAAGUUCUAUCCCGGGCAGCCUCCUCAUCCUCUCUGGUACAUGCCCUCUUUACCGAGGCAUUUCACCGUGCAGCCAGUCCUGC